CCUGCCUUCCGAGAUGAGACACAGCCUCCUGCCGGGUUACAGCCUGCAUACGCAGCCAGUGAGGUUUUAUUCAGUGUGAAUGAGGAAAACAUCGCGUCUGCCUUUCUGAAAGCUGUCACAUGGGGCCAACAAGAAGGAAAAAAAACAUCGCUUCCUGAAAUGAUCCUCGUCACUGGCUAUGCAUCGUGUUUUCGUUUUUUUUCUUCCCGACGCAACAUCACGUCGCGUUUAAUCCUCCGUCCGGACCUUUUAUUUUAUUUCAUUCUUUCCCCCCGUUUUUAGCGCCGAUUAUGAUUAGCAAAGUUAGAAACGCGAUGUCCAAUCUGGUGGGAGGGAUGGUGCCGCACGGACACCACCACCACAACCAUCACUCAGGUGGCGGCCAGACCUGCGGCUCGGACAGCCUGCCGCCGCGCUUCCCCUACGGCCGGCCGGAUUUCUUGGACCUCACCCCGGAGCUCCUGCAGUACUCCACCGAGCACGCGUCGCGGCCGGUGCUCACGUUAAAGAGAGACAGCAGGCUUCACUGGCGGACGGGAUACGCAGAGGUGAUCAAUGCGGGGAAGAGCAUGCUGAACGAGGACCAGGCCUCGUGCGAGAAACUGUUUGUGAAGAAGCCGAGUGGCAAACACCGCAACUCCACUCUGCUAGAGGACAACGGCGGGGAUGGCACAGGAAUCCCCCUUCACUUCUGGGGGGUGUUCGAUGGACACGCAGGUUCCGGCGCGGCCAUCAUGGCCUCCAAGCUCCUCCACCGCCUCAUCAGAGACCGGCUGGGAGAAAUCUGCCACCUGCUGGAGAACCCCAACAGUGCGCCUCCCAUCUGCCUGGCCAAGAACGGCAGCCCGUACCAAGCAGAUUCAAAGAAAGGAGCGUCGCAGGAACCGGAGGACCCCGAUGCUGUCACCGACUCCUCAGUGCGCUAUUACAUGGAGAAGGUGGUUAGUCUGGAGAGCCUGGUUAUGGGAGUCAUAGAGACUGCCUUCAAGCAGAUGGACGACCUAAUUGAAAAGGAAAAGGGGUCCUAUACCAUUUCCGGUGGGUGCUGUGCCUUAGCCGCCAUUCACCUAAUGGGAAAGCUCUACGUAGCCAAUGCUGGAGACAGCAGGGCCAUAAUCAUACGGAAUAAUGAAGUCAUUCCCAUGACUAAUGAAUUCACACCUGAGUCAGAGAGACAGCGGCUACAGUAUCUGGGUUUCCUGAGGCCUGAGCUCCUGGGUAAUGAGUUCACUCACAUUGAGUUUCCUCGCAGGAUCCAGCACAGCGAGCUGGGCAAAAAGAUGCUCUACAGAGACCACACCAUGACCGGCUGGGCUUAUAAGACGAUUGUUGAAGAUGAUCUGAAAUUCCCCCUGAUAUAUGGAGAAGGAAAAAAGGCUCGUGUCAUGGCAACAAUCGGAGUGACUCGCGGGCUGGGCGAUCACGACCUGAAGGUGUACAAUUCCAACAUUUACAUCAAGCCCUUCCUCUCCUGCGUCCCUGAGGUGAAGGUUUACAACCUGGAUGAAAAUAAACAUGGCCCGGACGACGUCUUGGUGAUGGGCACAGAUGGACUGUGGGAUGUAACGACCGACAAGGAAGUGGCAGAUGCUGUGUCAUCGUACUUAUCCUGCUGUGACCCCUCUGAUCCCAUGAGAUACACCCUGGCAGCUCAGGACCUGCUGAUGAGGUCAAGAGGAGUGCUGAAGGAGCGCGGCUGGCGGCUACCCAAUGACAGACUGGGCUCGGGGGAUGACAUCACCGUGUUUGUCAUCCCGCUGGCGGGGCAAGAGUCAGAGACAUGACGAGGCGUCGCAGCGGCCGCUACGACGGGGCCGACUCUUUAGGGUCCCUCUAAAUCCCCCUAAACCCCAGAGCGACGACGGGGUGGAGGGAGACGAAGACACCUUUGUCAUAGAGAAGGCUCGCGUCUGAGCAGCGCCUUCAUCGACCCGGUCACCUUAACCCGGGGCCAGUCUCCCAUCUCCUUCCUUCGGUUGCUCUCAUUCUCGCGACAAAAGAUUUUCCACCAACAUUGUAAGCGGCGUCGCCAUCUUCCUCCCAAACCUGCUGUUUUGUAACGGUUGCCAGUGAGAAUUAACUCCUCGUAGUAUUUUUGUUGUUUCUUCUCGUUUACGUCGAAGGCCGAGCCGCUGGAUUGUUCCUUUCCAUGUAAUUCCCAUAAUCGUGACUCCAUUUUGUAAAAAAAAAGAAAAGGACAGAAAAGAAGCAAAAAGCCUUCCACAGAUUCGGAAUCGGACGGUUUGUUGUAACAGUAGAGAAUGUGAGGAAACCAAAGAGAUGCAGCUGUGGCAUGAAGAUAGGAGAAAACGAACCGUCAGACAAAAACAAUCACAAGAUUCAUUUCUGUACAUUUAAGGAGCAUGGAGGAAGUUUAAAAAAAAAAAAAAAAAGCAGAGGAAAGGACCUUUCCCCAACAGAAUCAGUGGAGUCUGUGUUGCAGUAUUUCCUUUGUUAAUGAUGAAUGAAGACACUCGAGGCACUUGAAGACAGUUGCACAUGCUCUGUGGUAGCUUGUUGACGUGUGGUAUCUUUGAUUUGAAUGUGCUCAUACAUGACUUGUGUUAUUUUUACCAUAACAGCAGAGGAAACGGAGGGUGAUGAUUUUAUCUAUUUUUUUUCUUUUUUUUUCAUUUAACUACAUGUUUACUUCAUCAAAACCUCAGAAGAGAAAGUAAAUUGUUUGCUAUAAAUGUCCUGGUAUAGUAAGAUGUGAUAAACUUCACACAUAAUAUGCCUUAUUAAAAGACGAAAGGGACUCUGGAGCUUUUCCCUCCAGAUGCACUAAAUCGGAUCCCUUUUUCGAAGAGGCAAAAACCAUAGCACCCUUGAAUGUGCCGCAUACCUCUUUUGUACCGUUUUUGUUAUGUUCUUAUUUAGAUUAUUAUCCAUAUAUUUUUGGAGACGACUUUGGUUGUAAGCAGUAUCAGAUUUUAUUUUUAUGUUUCUAUCCAUAACUGUUUGUUUUAGACAGAUGAUGUGUGAGCUACCAACAUGCGUGGUAGGGGGAUAAUGUGUUCCAGUUUAGAAAUAAAUCAGAUUUUUCCCAUUUCUUA